AUGGACCAGAGUGCUGUUGACUCCAGCGCUGGUAGCCCCCCAGCCUUGUCGUCAUCGCCGUCCGACAGACGUGCAAGCACCGAUGAAUGGGAUGCCUCGAAGGUCCCCCCGAGCCGGUUCCAGAAACGCAAGGGUUCAAUCUACGCAACACCCGGCUCACGGGAUGGUCACGUCGACCGAAACUAUGCCAGUGGCUUCCACGAGAAACAUACAGAGAAAGGUUACGGAAAGGCCGAGACCAAGCACUGA